AGAGCACCAAGGACUCCACGUUUAACUGUACCCCCUGCCCGGGGGGUCUUCCUUCAGGCGGCCCCCAACGAGAGGAAGUCGGAAAUGCUUCCUGCCGGCUGGAACGCGGACAAGGAACUCUACACUCUGCGCUACCGACUGAAGGACGAUUCCCACGACCUGCUGGUGAAGGCCAUUUUGAUGGACAACAGCAUCAUUCUCAACGUCAUGGAUCCCAAAACACAGAAAGUGACAGAUCUGACCUUGAAAGUGACCGACUUUGUGGAUCCAGAACAUCUGGCAGAUUUUGACAAGCAAACUAACUCUAAUUCACUCUUGAUUCUCUUCCUCAGAGGCCGGGGUGGAGGAAUGAUCUUCGAUCCGCUUCGAUCGGGAUUUCGAAAUCCUGUCCUGGACCCCUCUUCUGGGCUCCCCAGCAGACUCCCCCCUGGUUCUAUUCCUCCAGGGGCCCGGUUUGACCCGUUUGGACCCCCAGGGGCCCGCCGGCCUGGGCCUAAUCCCGACCACCUUCGCCCUCCGGAUUAUGACGAUAUGUUCAUGUGACGACUGCCAAGAUUCCGCAUCUCUUUCCUGGCGUCUGACGCUUAUCCAGAUGUGGAGCAGAGUUUGGCCUUUUCCGCAGUGAUUUUCUGCCCCGGCCCGCCGGUUUUGCUCCCCCUCCUAUAAAAGCCAAAGAGAAAAAAAAA